GGGAGUUUGCUUUUUAUUGCUUCCUGCUACUAUUGCUCGCUCGCCGCAGAGGGCGACGCUCUUAGGCGCCACAAGUCUCUGCGCUACGUAAACGCAAUUGGGUCCAAACCAAAACCAGGCUCUACCGACGCCUUAUGGCUACUACUACUACUACCACGAUCACAACUCUGCCUUGAAACUGUUACUCGCCAUCGUGCCUCUAUUGCCGAGGGAGGAAUCAUCAAAACCAAAACCUCUGAAAAGAUAUGGCAGUUCUGAGGUCAGGGCUCUUUCUCGCACCUCCAGCGUCGCUCUCCUCACACAGCGCCGGCGCCAUUCGAGAUGACUCUGGACGGACAAGUGUUUCCUACUGCGGAGGAUGCUUGAGUGGCAACGCCGGAGAUGUGAGUGAGAGGUUGAAUCCUGGUGGGUUGAUUAUUGGGAAUGGCGCUUGUAGUCGAGGUAGGCUCGUGGUUGUUGGUAGAGCCGGUGGGUCUCGUCCUGCUGCGGGGGCCAGACGGCCGCGCCCGCAACCGAACAGGCGUUCCGGAGCGAAGGAGCCUCAGGAUGAGGGUGGACCGCUGCUUAAUGGCGACAUCAGAGUUCCCUCUGUUAGGCUCCUCGACGAAGAACAGAACAUGGUUGGAGUGGUUCCAACAGCCGAAGCACAGCUACGGGCAAGAGAUGCUGAUUUAGAUCUUGUAAUGAUAGCUCCAGAUGCAGACCCCCCUGUGUGCAGAAUAAUGGAUUACAGUAAGUACAGGUAUGAAGCUCAGAAGAAGAAAAGAGAAGCUCAGAAGAAGGCUAUUGCAAGUCGGCAGGAUCUUAAAGAGUUGAAAAUGAGAUAUAACAUUGAUACUCAUGAUUACCAAGUGCGUCUGCGAUCUGCAAUGAAAUUCUUGAAGGAUGGUGAUAAAGUGAAAGUGGUCUGUCAGUUCAAAGGACGAGAGAUGGAUUUCAAGGAUUUGGCUUUUAAGUUAUUUCAAAAGUUUAUAGAUGAUAUCGGAGAGUUGGGAGUUGUUGAGAGCAAAAUGGCAAUCGAAGGAAGACAAAUGAUAAUGUUGCUGGGACCAAAUAAAACUGCUGUUGCCAAGCUACAGCCUGAGAAAAGUACUGAGAAAUCCAAAUCUAAAGAGCAAGAUAAUGGAAAGCCCAGUUCAGAAAGCACAACCACUGUAGAACUCGAGACGGCUCCUGUAUCUGACGAUACCUGAAUUUGUUAAGACACAGUUAGGUACGAGACGCCAAGUCGUCUAGUAAUGAAGCUGCUAUCCAGUGUCUGAUAACUGCACAUACAGUUAGAUUGGUUUUUACUCAUUUUUGCAGUUUUAAUGUGAUUGGUAAUUUGUAACAUCCGUUUGACCUCGGCGGUUUAUGACUGCCCAAUGUAUUCACACACGCUCAAUUAGCAUAAGAGAUUCAGUACUUUCGUCAUCUUAUUGACCAUUUACAUUGCUUA